AGCAUUUCACCUGAGCUUUGGUUGUGUUCAGCCUGUUUGGUUCAUGAGUGAGAUUUAUGUGUAUUAAGUUGUGACCAUGAAAUCUGAGGGGUUAGAUCAUUGGAGAAAUUUCUUUAGGAGUGCAAAUGUAAGUAUAUUUGAGAUUAUAGAUCAUGCAAUCUCAGUGGCUGGUACAGAUCACCCUGAGGAGUUCCAUCUCCUGAGGGGUCAAAUUGUUGAGAAAGUUUACUCUUGUCGAUGGAGUCAGUGCUGUAGUCACAAUCAUAGUGAAUUGGCCAGUAACGAGAAUCCUAGUGAAAAGGAAAGUUUACAUGGCAAUGCUGGUAAUGAUUUGAGGGUAAUAGGUGGUAGCAAGGAUAGUGAGGUAGAAGUUCUCCCUUAUGAUCCUCAAAAGAGUAAAUACAGCUACAGCGAAGCUGAGGCAUUAACAGCAGAGAUUGAUGAAGAGAAUGAGAACAUUCAAGAGGUUUACAGGAUUAAGGAAAUCAUUCAGAAUGAAGAUGAGUCUCAGGGGGUACUGCUGGAUUCAUUAAGGAGGCUUCAAUUGAUGGACCUUUCAUUUGAGAUGCUAAAGAAUACAGAGAUUGGAAAACCAGUUAACAGGCUUCACAAGCACAAGUCGAUUCAAAUCAGGCAGCUUGCUCAGAGCCUCAUCCAAGCUUGGAAGAUCCAGGUAGACAAGUGGUUUGAUUCUGAGGAUACCAUUGCAGCCUCAGAACCACAGUCUUUGGAUUCCAAUCCUUCUGGAAUUGAAGAAGAAUGUGGACUUCCUCAGCCUCCAUUAGACAUAGGAGCCUUUACCCCUCAAUUUCCAAUGGAGCUUUCUUUUUCUCGGUUCUUUGAAGGAAUAGACGAGGAGGGAAAUCUUGAAAACAACAUGGAAAUUGAAAUGAAUAUUGCAGCUAGAAAAUGCCAUCGUCCCAAAAACUUCACCAAGGAGAGAAUGUUAGGAAUGGAUGACAAGUGGCAACUAGUUAAGCAAGUACCUGUUUUUAAGCCUAUUGAAGCUAGACCCUCAGAUAUUGAGACUUUGCCUCAAAAUUCAAAGAAAGAAAGUGAGCCAAUGAUCAGUCAGAGAACUGAUUUGCAGGGAGGUCAGAAUACCACCCUGAUAAAGAAAGAGCAGCCAUCGAAGAAUCAACAGGAAAUCAAAGAAACAGAGAAAAAAGGAGAUGCUGAAAACGCCAGGAGACAACAAGAAUAUAAUGCAAAAUGGACUGAGCCAGCAACUGCCAAUCUCUCAAACUUGGAAUCAUACAAGAAUUUAAGUUCGAUGAGGCCACCAGCAGAUAAGCUGGGUCAAUUUAAGUGUCUAGAGAAAAACACCAUUCAAGAAAAAUUUGAAGCGACCACAAGGAAACUCAAGCAAGAUUAUCAGCAAUUUGAGUUUGCUAAAAGGCAAAGGACAACGCAGUUGAUAGAUGUGAAGGAUCUUCCUAAGCCAGUGGCUGGUCCUAAAAACCCGAAUAUUAGGCAGAAAAAACAGAAAUGGUGGCGUCGGGCAAAUAAUGGAAACUAGCUUUCUGGAUUAUGGUCAUUGGAGGACUAGGUGUUUUAACCAGUAAACAGAACAUGAGAUAUUGUAGCUUAGUAUGUUAUGUAUUGGUGUUGCGAAUGGACUUCCCUCAGGAUAAAGAGUGUAUAUAGUCAAUCAAACUGAAUAAAUUUGUCUAAAAAUC